UUUGAUGGGCCGUAUUCCCGAAGGUUCCACGCUCCUUUUUCAGCGUGAGUGCUGCGUCUGCGAACGAAGGCGCCGCAGUUACCGACAGCUCGCUUUUGAAUAAGCGUAACGCGGAGAACAGCACGCUGUUCUUCUUGUCAGGGAGCGAGCCAGCACAGGUCACCAUCACUUCGGACGCAGAUAGACCGAACAUGUCAGCUCAAAUCAUAAGCGGGAAAGAAGUUUCAGCGCAAGUGAGGCAGCGACUGAAGAAAGAUGUGGAGCACAUGAAACUCAAGGAUCCCAACUUCAGGCCCGGUCUGGUAGUUUUACAGGUCGGAGAUCGUGAAGAUUCAAAUCUGUACAUCAGCAUGAAGCUGAAGGCAGCAGCAGAGAUCGGCAUAAAUGCAACACAUCUGAGGCUUCCAAAGACUACAACCGAAGAAGAGGUUCUUCACAGCAUCAGAGAAGUGAACGAGAACUCGUCGGUCCACGGUCUCAUAGUGCAGCUGCCUUUAGAUUCGAUCCACAAGAUCAACACGGAGAGGGUCACUAACGCCGUGGCACCAGAGAAAGACGUCGACGGACUAACCAGCAUAAACGCAGGGAAGCUAUCUCGUGGCGAUCUGGGCGAUUGCUUCAUCCCGUGCACACCAAACGGCUGCAUGGAGCUGAUCAGGCAGACAGGCAUAUCUGUGGCCGGGAAAAGGGCUGUGGUGAUUGGCCGCAGUAAGAUCGUCGGUGCGCCCAUGCACGAUCUGCUGCUGUGGAAUCAUGCUACCGUCACCACCUGCCACUCUAAGACUGCAGAUCUGGCCGCAGAGGUGGGUAAAGCGGACAUCCUGGUUGUCGGUAUGGGCAAAGCAGAGAUGGUGAAAGGAGAGUGGAUCAAGAAGGGAGCGGUGGUUAUCGACUGCGGGAUCAAUCACGUUCCAGAUGAGACAAAGUCUAGUGGGAAGCGGGUGGUGGGUGACGUACACUUUGCCUCAGCUAAGGAGCAAGCUGGCUUCAUCACCCCUGUGCCAGGAGGAGUGGGACCAAUGACCGUCGCCAUGCUGAUGGGGAAUACAGUGUUGGGUGCAAAGCGCUUCCUUGACAGCCAUCAGCCUGGGAGGUGGGACAUUUCCUACACCAAGCUCAACCUUCAGAAGCCUGUUCCAAGUGACAUAGUGAUUUCUCGCUCCUGCGUCCCUAAGCCAAUCGACCGUCUGGCCAGAGAGGUCGGCCUGCUUUCUGAUGAAGUGGAGUUCUAUGGAAAAACUAAGGCCAAGGUCCAGCUGAGUAUUAUCAAGCGACUCCAGUCCCAGCCAGAUGGAAAAUAUGUGGUGGUCACGGGUAUUACCCCCACUCCAUUGGGUGAAGGCAAGAGCACCACAACGAUCGGCCUGGUCCAGGCCCUGGGAGCCCACAUGAAGCUCAACGUGUUCGCCUGCGUCCGACAGCCUUCUCAGGGACCCACCUUUGGCAUUAAAGGUGGCGCUGCAGGAGGUGGAUAUUCUCAAGUCAUUCCAAUGGAAGAGUUUAACCUCCACCUCACUGGGGACAUCCAUGCCAUCACAGCUGCCAACAACUUGGUGGCUGCUGCCGUCGACGCUCGCAUGUUUCACGAGGCGACACAGUCUGACAAGGCUCUGUACAAUCGCUUGGUCCCACUCAGUGGGGGGCAGAGGAAGUUCUCCCCAAUCCAGAUCAACAGACUGAAAAAAUUGGGUAUAGAGAAGAUCGAUCCUUCAGCUCUCACUGAUGAAGAGAUCACCCGCUUUGCACGCUUGGAUAUCGACCCAAGCUCCGUAACCUGGCAAAGAGUUUUGGACACAAAUGAUCGAUUCCUGAGGAAGAUCACCAUUGGCCAGUCGCCAACUGAGAAGGGGUAUACCAGAGAGGCCCAGUUCGACAUCACAGUUGCGAGUGAGAUCAUGGCCGUCCUCGCCCUCACCAGCAGCCUGGAGGACAUGCGGCGGCGCCUGGCCAAGAUGGUGGUGGCCACCAGCCGCAGCGGCGAUCCCAUCACGACCGAAGAUCUGGGUGUCAGCGGGGCUCUGACUGUGCUGAUGAAAGAUGCCAUCAAGCCAAACCUGAUGCAGACUUUGGAGGGAACGCCUGUUUUUGUCCAUGCCGGCCCCUUUGCCAACAUCGCCCAUGGAAACUCGUCCAUCCUGGCUGAUAAGAUCGCGCUGAAGCUGGUCGGGCCUGAGGGCUUUGUGGUGACAGAGGCUGGCUUUGGCGCCGAUAUCGGCAUGGAGAAGUUCUUUAACAUCAAGUGCCGCUACUCAGGCCUGAGGCCCCACGUGGUGGUCCUGGUGUCCACGGUCCGAGCGUUAAAGAUGCACGGAGGAGGACCGACGGUUACCGCUGGGAUGCCACUGCCAAAAGAAUACGUGGAGGAGAACCUGGAGCUUCUGAAGAACGGCUGCAGCAACAUGCGGAAACAAAUAGAAAACGCUCAACACUUUGGAGUACCAGUUGUAGUGGCUGUCAAUGGCUUCAAGACAGACACGGAGGCUGAGCUCGAUCUGGUCUGCAGCAUGGCCAAAGCUGCCGGAGCCUUCGAUGCCGUGCGCUGCUCCCACUGGGCUGAAGGUGGCGCUGGCGCUGUGGCCCUCGGUCAGGCCGUCCAGAGGGCCAGCGAGGCCCCCAGCAACUUCAAGUUCCUCUAUGAGUUGAAUCUCCCUAUUAGUGACAAGAUUCGAAUAAUUGCUCAGAAGAUCUACGGCGCGGACGAUAUUGAACUUCUCCCCGAGGCCCAACACAAGGUGGAGCUCUACGCCAAGCAGGGUUUUGGAAAUCUUCCCAUUUGCAUGGCCAAGACGCACUUAUCCCUCUCUCACGAAGCCGAGAAGAAGGGCGUGCCGACGGGUUUUGUCCUGCCGAUAAGAGACAUCCGAGCCAGUGUGGGCGCUGGCUUUCUCUUCCCAUUGGUUGGCACGAUGCCCACAAUCCCCGGUCUGCCCACCCGGCCUUGUUUCUACGAUAUCGACCUGGACCCUGAGACCGAACAGGUCAACGGGCUUUUCUGAAGAAGACGCCUCCUGUGUGUGUGACCGAGGUAAAGACGGUGCAUGCAUGCCUCUCAAACAGGAAAACGGAGACAAUGAUGGCUAAAUAUCCCUCUUUCUUUUUCCUCCUCCCACCUCGGAGUUUAGAAACGCCCGCCACACCCUCCUGGGUCAUAACAAACACUGGACGAGUUAGAACUGGAGCCGCCCCGAGCUGGGUUUGCACAGUUUCAUAUGAACAGGUGGCUUUUCCUAGAAAAUUACCUCCAUAAAUGGUUGAUUCAAAGAAUGAAAUUACAGGGCAGGUUUUUGUUCUGUUCUGUUUUGCAAGAACAAAGUGUCCUAUUGAAGUUUUCUAGAAGAUAUUCGACUGCUCAGACACAUUUCAUAUCUCAAAACUCCUAAAUCAACAAACACAACCGUUAAAGCCUUACAUUAGCUAUCCGUUUAUAUUUGUGAACACUAAUCUGAAGGCUUGUUCUCGAGUUCAUGUCCUUAAAAUAGACUAAUUACAUUUUUUUAAAUCAAUUUCAAAAAACUAAUAAGUCUUAAAUAUGUAAUGCUGCCUUAAAAAGUCUAUUUUUAGUAUAUUUAGUAGAUUUGUUGUUCUAAUUUCUUGUUUUUGCUCCCCUGUAUAUUAAUUAAGUUUUUUAUAUCUCAAUUACUGUGAAACUUCCCUGUUAUUUUGUUUAAAAUCCAAUGUUUUUCCUAAUCUGCUAAAAAAAAAAGGACCAAAAUAAAGUGGCUUUAACUGGAA